AUGAAUCCGCGGAGGAGGGCUUCUACUACUCUUGACCAGACCAUUGCACCUCAGCUGUCGGCGGGGGAAUUGAGGUCUAUUUACUCGCAGGAGUUAUUUGUCUUCCGAUGCGACGUAACCGCCGCUCAGAUCUCCUCCGCGAUGACUUCCUACCCUACGCUCCGAGAUGUAGGCGUGUUGACCCCGGACGACAUAUCGAAUCUCUCCCGCCAGAUCCACACAGAGUAUCGACUCUCCUCUCACGAAAAAGAAGUCUUUAAACACAUCAAGCAGCUGAUCGCCGACCUGAAAUCCGGCGAGAUACCCGGACAUCCGCUCGCCAGCGUGCACUUGAUGUCCUGCCUGAAAGACAUGGAACGAUUUGAUGUUGCGAACGAGUUUUGGAAGUGGCUGAUUGACCAGGGCGAGACGCACUGCGAUGCCAGGGUCUACGGCGCUGCCAUAGAGAACUACACGUAUCAGGGCGUGGCGCAGGAUGAAAUGGAGAAAAUGUUUACGGAAGCGCUGGAGAGGUACUCUGAGACGGUGGAUUCGAAGGUUGCGAGGGAUACGGGGAAGGCUACGAGGCUUAUGCUCCUACAGGGGAUUAUCACAGCGAGGAUUUUGCACGGUGAUUGGAGAGGGGCGUACGAAGGGUUUGAUAUAUCCGUCAGGCUGUACCCGACUUUGACUCCCGCGAGGAUAUACGAACUGUUCUUGUACGAGCGGCCGGUGAAGGAGGCGUAUAUUGUCUUCUUGAUGGCUUGUCGGGCGGGGACUCCACCGAGGCCGGCGACGCUUACGCCAUUGCUUAAAGAGAUUUGGGCGAAGCAUCGGGAUGUGAAGGCUAUGAUCCGACUGGUAUAUGCAUUCGUCGGAGCUGGAGGGAAACCAUUCCCGCAGCACUUGAAUUCUCUCAUAUUUGCUAUCCUUGGAUCACUACCGAGUGACGCUUCGAAGAGUAAAGGGGAAGAAUUCGAUAAGAUGUUUGGUGCAACAAUGGCAUUGAUCAGAGACUUGAUAUACGCGUUUGGGAAAUUGCAGGUCUUUCCCAGUGAGGGGACGUUUAAUACUAUCAUCUCGCUGGGCGGGAAGUUGCGGAGACUGGACCUAGUACUUGGCGGUAUAAAGGAGCUACUUGCUGCCAACUUGGUGCCGAACAUGGUCACCUACAGAACCGUCAUCAACGCCUUUGGAGAACUGGAGGAUCGGGAACAAUUCAAAAGGAGCUGGCAGGACCUAUGUGCUGCGCGGGAGGAAUUGAAAAUACCGUGGGAUAUUAAAGACUUCAUCGCCCUAAUUAAGGCUUGACCCCUUUCUCCUCUUACUUACGGUGUGUAUGUACUAAUAGUGCUAAAAGGGCGGCUUGAACCUCGACAUGCCAGGCUACGUCCGUGAGGAGAUAGAAGCCAGCAGGUCUGACAUGUCACCCGAAUUGUACCGCAAAUCCAUAGAAAGGAUGAACAAAGUGCAAUCACAAAUGCGCAAUGCUUCCACCGCUUCUCCCACCGCUAUCUCCACUGCAGGCCCGUCACACUCCCAACCAACUCCCGGAGCUACUACCCCUCAGCCAACCCCGGUACCGGCCCCCUUCUUCGACCCAGCUAAACGCCAAAAAAUUCGUUCAGAGGUAAAAAACCUCUUCACCAUCUUCUCGUCCGGCAGGAUCUACAACUUUGCCUCCUCCCCUAUCUUCUCCACCACCGCCCCGGGCAGCAAACGACGUGAAAGGAUCGUAGACAUAGACUUUGCAACACCAGACAUCGUUCCCCCAUCAGAACUCCAAUCCUUCUAUGCGGCAUUAACAAACUCCGUAUCUAAAGUCUCCUCCGGCGAGGACCCGCUCACGCGGACGGCAACAGGGUAUGCCGUUAGGGAGCUCCGCUUUGAGAACUGGAGAGCCAUUAAUCGCUUGCUGUUUGAAGCUGAGUUAUUCGAGAGGGAGGCGAUUGAGAGGAGGGUGAGGGGGAUUGUUGUGCGUGCGAAGAUGGAGGGUGUUGUGGAUGGGGAGGAGGGAGACGGAGGUGCGAUGAAGAAGGUGUUUGAAGGGGAGGAGAAGGCCAAGAAGCGGAUUGAGGAGGUUAGGAAGAGGAUUGAGGAGGCUAGAAAGGCGCAUGAGGAGGGGGAGGUGGGGUGGAGGAAGGAGGAGUUGAGUGUUAGGGGACUCCUGGGGAGGGAUAUGAGUAUUGAGGGGGUGGGGGAAGAGUAAGUUGCAGGAGAUGGGUGUAGAGGUGUGCGUGUAUAUAGAUAGAUGGCACGGAUAUCUGAAUUAUGUUGCUCGCUAGAGUUUGGUAUUCUCAAACUAGAGUGUGAUGGUGGCAGCUGAACGAAUAAUAUCGAGCAUGAAA